AUGUCGGUCACAGCAGGAGUUAGUGAUGCUGCACUAGCUACUAGGGCAAAACUACGAGGUGGGAUUGCACAGACUAAAGUGACACGAUAUUGGCCUGGACAAGCUCCCAAGUGGGCCGACAAAGCCGAACAAGAUCAUGACGAUGAUGUUAGGAUGCACAUCAAGGAUGAUGAUGAUUUGAUGGUUGCUAGGUUUGAUAAGGAUGAUCCAAGGCUGCGCCGUUUAGCUCAGACCAGAGCUGAUAACCGAGAACAAGUAAGAGCCGAUCAUCAGCGAGUUAGACAGGCAGCUGAGGUUAUAUCUACACAAGAAGAUGAUGAAGACUUAAGGAAUCAAGAGAGUAGUGACGAGGAAGAAGAUGAAGAUGCUAUGGAAGAAAGAAGAAGAAGAAUCAGAGAAAGGAAUCUUAAAAGAGCUCAAGAGGAGGCUUCUCUACUUCCUUUAGAAGAAGAAGAAGAGGUACAAGAUGAUGAGGAGGAGUCCGAGUUCGAGACUGAUUCAGAAGACGAGAUGAUCGGUAUAACCAUGAUCAAGCCUUUCUUUGUACCAAAAGGUGAGAGAGAUACAGUAGCAGAGCGUGAUCUUCUUGAAGCUAAAGAAGAAGCUCUUGAGGAAUUGGCAAAGAAGAAACUAGAGAUGAGGAUAACAGAGACGAAGCAGAUAGUGGUUGAGGAAGUUAGGAAAGACGAAGAGAUACAGAAGCACGUUUUAGUGGAAGAAGAUGUGGAAACUGAUGACGAGAUCAAUGAAGCUGAGGAGUACGAAAUUUGGAAGACAAGAGAGACUGAUAGGAUCAAGAGAGAAAGAGAUGCAGAGGAAGCUACAUUGAGAGAGAAGGAAGAGAUCGACAAGAACUUGAUGACAGAGGAAGAGAGUAAGAAUCAGAAACCGAAAAGGAAAUGGAAGUUUAUGCAAAGAUACUACCACAAAGGUGCCUUCUUCCAGGAGGAAGGAUCUGUUAUACUUCAGCGCGACUUCUCUGCACCAACUGGAGAAGAUAAGCUGAACAAAUUGAAAGUACGUGAAGUCAUGCAGGUCAAGAACUUUGGUCGCAGUGGAAGAUCUAAAUGGACUCAUCUUGUCAAGGAGGAUACAACGUAUGGUGACAAGAAAACAAAAACUGAGGGUACAAUUACAACGGAUUGGAGUAACUUGUGGACUUUUAAGGAUCUUCUAGGCGAUAAAUACAAGAGGAAAAUACAGGACUUUUAG